AGUGCGGUUCAGUUAUUGUUUACCGUCACCUCCAAAAAUGGCGUCCGCGGGUUGCAAAAAACUGAAGUAUAGUAUUCACAAAUGCUCAAGUUACACGGGAUCUUACUUACCAGAAAACAUACUCGUCGACAAGCCAGGUGACCAGUAUUCAAGAUGGUCUUCCGAUUCCAAUUACCCUCCCCAGUUUCUGAUCCUGAAGCUGGAGCGGCCUGCAAUAGUUCAUACGAUAACUUUUGGCAAGUAUGAGAAAACGCACGUGUGCAACAUGAAGAAGUUCAAGAUCUACGGCGGGCUGACUGAUGAGCACAUGUUGGAGCUUCUUGACAGCGGACUCAAGAAUGAUCACCUGACGGAAACAUUCACCCUUAAGCACACCAUCAAUGGCAACCAGUUCCCUUCACGUUACAUCAAAAUUGUGCCCAUCCAGUCUUGGGGCCCCAGUUUCAACUUCAGCAUAUGGCAUGUCGAGCUCCAAGGAAAUGAAGACAGGGACCUGGUGAUGUCUUCUCUACGAUGGUUCAGCACAUACCGGGAGAAAGAGGCCAUCCGCCUGUGCCUCAAGCACUUCCGGCAGAAGAACUACUCAGAGGCCUUUGAGUCCUUACAGAAGAGGACCAAGGUGCAGCUGGAGGACGCACUACUGACGAAGUUGCAUGAUCUCUUGGUGCAGAAAGGUGACUUUGCUGCCUGUGAACAGCUUCUGGAAAAGGCAGCAAACGAGGGCGUCUUUAAUGAAUACCUGAAGAACGAGGAGUACAGGCCCAAGUGGACACCGAUCCUUUGCACCGACAAACCGGAAGGCAAGAAUCGUCCUGGAAUGCGUGGUGGCCAUCAGAUGUGCAUUGAUGUGCAAACAGAAACUCUGUACCUGUUUGGCGGGUGGGAUGGCGUGCAGGACCUUGCAGACCUGUGGUCGUACCAGACAUCGACAGGCGUGUGGACGUGCUUGUCUAGGGACACCGAAGCUGAGGGUGGCCCCAGCGCACGUUCCUGCCACAAGAUGUGCCUGGAUCCAGAGCGCAAGAAGAUCUUCACGCUGGGCCGCUACCUUGACUCCUCUGCGAGAAGCACAGACUGCCUCAAGAGUGACUUCUAUGUGUACGACAUCGAGAGGAACAAGUGGACGCUCAUCACGGAUGACACUGCGGCAAUGGGUGGUCCAAAGCUCAUCUUUGACCAUCAGAUGUGCAUGGAUGUGGAGAGAAACACCAUAUACGUCUUUGGGGGCAAGAUCCUCACAAGUUCUCUUCCUGUGGAAGACAGAGCACUUGAGACUGCAUUCAGUGGACUGUUCACAUAUCAUGUGCCAACAAACACGUGGCACAAGCUUCGAGAUGAUUCACCUAGUAAUGGACUUCAAGAUGUUCGGGCAAGAAUAGGGCACUCAAUGUUGUUUCAUGAGAAAUCCCGCCUGCUGUACAUUUUUGCUGGGCAGCGUUCCAAGGAGUACUUGACAGACUUCUUCACAUACAAUGUGGAUACAGACCAGAUGAACAUCCUCUGCGAUGGCCAGAAAGUGGAAGUGCCAGCAGCAGGGUUCACGCAGCGGGCAACCAUUGACCCAGAGCUAAACGAGAUCCACGUGCUGUCGGGCUCAAACAAAGACAAGGAGAAACGGGAGGACAACGUCAAGAACUCUUUCUGGAUCUACGACAUCAACCAAAACAAAUGGUCAUGCAUCUACCACAGCGACUAUGGACAACAGGCAACGUCAAAGCAGAGCAUGCAGGAACCCUGUCCUCGAUUCGCCCAUCAACUUGUCUACGAUCAUGUCAAAAAGGUUCACUACCUCUUUGGUGGCAAUCCGGGUCGGCCAAAUUCACCAAAAGUCAGACUAGACGACUUUUGGUCACUCCAGCUAUGUCGGCCGUCCAAGGAGCAGCUGCUGAGGCGAUGUAGACAGCUAGUGCGUCAGCACUGCUUUCGUGAGAUCACCUUCGAGGACCCUCUGGCAGCCCUAAGGUACCUCCAGACCGAACUGGCUGAUACGGUGGACCACUCCAAUGUUGAAGAAGAGAGACAGUUUCAGUUGCAAGCAUCUAGUCUCUUCAAGCACCCCGACACUGACCGUGACGAGAUCACAACAGCAGCGCCUUUAGGAGACAUGGGUGACCCUGACUACAAGUUCUAUCUGCGCACCAGUCUCUUUGACACCAUUGUAGAGUUCUUCCCCGAGUCCAUGACGCAACCAAAGGGAAAUUUGGUAGACCUGGUGCUGCUAUGAGGCCUCCUGUGAACGAUCGGUCAGCCAGCAAUCAGUCUGUCGAGUGGCCACGGUUAGGAAAGCUGAGGUGUGUGAUGCCGACAAACGAGCUGUGGUGUGUUCGAAUGCUAGUCCCGUGUUUCCGCCCGUCGUGCAAGCAGUGCCGAGAAAGGACUGGUCCAUCGAGACCUACUCCUGUGAACGCAAAUGUCCGGUUGCAGUGCCUCCUGUGGACUCUUCUUCUGGCCGGGUGCAUGUGUCAAAGUCUGUGCUUGUUCAGUGUGGUUUUCUUUUUCGAUGUAGUGGUCCGUUCGCCUCAUUUUAUGUUUUGCGUUUUAGGAUUCCAAAGACAUUUUCUCUGGCGUUUUAUAGAAACGAUGGUUUUUAAUUUUAUUUUUUACUGUAGUCGAAAUUUUUAGCUGUGCGGAAGAAGCUCGAGGGUCGGUUGCGUUGUGCUUUGCUUAGUAAGCUGGUGUACAUUAGAGAGGAAGUGUCAAGAGUUGUAAAUAUGCGUGCAUCUAACAGAACUUCAAUCGUCGUGGUCAAGAUGUUAUAAUAAGCGCACAAACGCAUGCGACAGUCAUCACUGAGAUCGAGUCACUGGAAUUCCUUUUUAUUUGUACUAACACAGCCGAAGAUUCCAGCCUGCAUUUUUAAAAGUGUUGCUUGUUUAAAAGCUUAAUUUAUGUAUCUGUGGUAGAUUGCUAGAAGGCACUGCAUUAUUGAAAUGAAGAGCUUACAUUGAAAGCAUUCUGAAGUUGGUGUGGAAAGCAAGGAGGUUGCACAUAGACUUUAAAUUAAAGCCUUUUAUCUGUACUUAAAUAAGUGUUCUUCAGAAUGUAAAGCUAAUCCUUGAAGUACAAUGGUUGCACAGUGGUUAUGGCUACUAUACUGAGCUGGCCUGAGCAAUAUCUGUGCACUACAGAAUCAGUGGAAACAGCUUGUGCUCAUCAUUGCCACUCAGGAUCUUGAAGUGCAGCGCUCACUUCUGUUGCAUAUGUACAGUCCACUGUGUCCUCACGCUCUGCCUAUCAUGAUGCUGCCCUGUUGCAGCAAGUUGUUUUUCUGAGCCAAAAUAAAAGUCGCUAUAUCUUGCCA